AGCAUUCCUCUGGUCCAGAAUGAGAAUUAAACACCACAGCCGGCAUUUAUGACUCCACUCUUCUUCACCACAGCUGUUGCUCAUGACAGAGCCUCAUAUCAUGGGCCUCGCAGAUGGCAGGUAUCGACUGUUGCACCUGAUGUCAUGUCUCGUGUGUUGAUAUUCCCUUGACAACCGCGGAUCGGAUACCAAUAACAGGGCCAUCAUGCCCAUCACCAUGCUGUGGGCGGUGGACGUGUACGGCCGGGUGUACAGCCUCUCCACGGCCGGCCAGCGAUGGGAACGGGCCGACGACACGCUGCUGGAGCUGAAGCGUGUGACGGCGGGGAAGGGCCGCUGCUGGGGCAUCGGCUGCGACCACCAUGUUUACCUCAACAUGAUGCCCAGCGAGACCUCCAUCCGCUACCGGGAGGAGACCUACGAGAACCAGAGGUGGAACCCAGUGGACAGCUUCACCGACACCCUGCUGCCCACCGACCGCUGGCCGUGGAGCGACGUGACCGGCAUGAACCCUCAACCGCUCCACAGCUUCCAGCUGCCCACACGCAGCUGGGAGUGGGAGGGAGACUGGUACGUGGACCAGAGCUGUGGAGGAGAACCCAGCCAGACCGGGGGUUGGGAGUAUGCGGUGGAUUUCCCGGCUAACUUCUCUCCAGAUAAGAAGUGGAACUCUUGUGUCCGUCGCCGGCGGUGGAUCCGCUACAGGAGAUACACGGCUCAAGGCUCCUGGUCCAAGAUCCCCCUGGACAACCCCAGGAAGCCCCCGCUGCCCCUCUGUGACAUCAGCUGUGGUGGUUGGGAGAUGAGUGACCAGUCGGGGAGGUACCCGUACCUCUGGGGCGUGUCCCAGCAGGGAGAGGUGUGGUUCAGGGAGGGCAUCACCCCUCGGGUCCCUGAAGGCUCCAGCUGGGAGGAAGUGGAAGUGCCCAAGGAGGUGGCUCAGCUGUCAGCGGGCCCCGGGGACCUGCUGUGGGCUCUACUGUGGGACGGGAACCUGAUGGUCCGGACUGGCCUCAGCCUGGACAGCCCCACUGGCUCCUCGUGGGUGGAGGUGGAGUCACCAGGGACGGAGGUUGAAGCGCUUCAUGUGGCUGUUGGAGUCAGCGUGGUCUGGGUGGUCACUAAAGACUACAAGGUGUGGUUCAGACGAGGCGUGAACUCCCACAACCCGUGCGGCUCCGGCUGGAUCAGCAUCGGAGGAGAGAUGAUGAUGGUGGACGUGGGACUCAACGACCAGGUGUGGGCGGUAGGAGAGGAUCGCGGCUUGUAUUUCAGAAUCGGUGUGACGCUUUCUGAACCGAGCGGGAACGGCUGGAUUCCUGUUUCUGCCCAGUGGGGAAACAGUAAAGAGGUCGUUCCUCCCAGGAAGGAGUGUGAGUUCAGAGGUCAGGUGACUGAAGCCUCUCAAGGUUCAGUUCUGAGCUGCACCGACUCUGACUCUGAGUUAGGACCUGCUGAGCCUCAGACCAGCACCGAGGAGACCCGGGUCCUGGAGGCAGCGGCUCCCUCCGUGGUCCCUUUAGGAGGAGCCGACACUCCUUCACCUCCUCCCAGAACAGAGGAGGCUCCCCCGGCCCCCCAGCAGGAGAACCCCAAACCUUUCAUCCCCGCCAGCGACAGCUUCAUCAACAGCCUGGUGUCGGACCGGGACAAGACCCCCACCCCCCAACCCUCCAUCUCUGAGGCGCCGCAGGAGGAGGUGGAGGAGGCGUCGCCCGCUCCGGUGCUCCUCACCCCCGAGACGGCGGGACACGACGUCCCCUGGAUGAACGUGGACCUGGAGGGAGCGGAGGCAGCUCGGUGUGCGCAGGCAGCGGGGUCCUCGGGGGCCGACGGCGGCGCUGCUGCCACCUACGCCCUCGGGACUCUGGAGACCUCUCAGGGUGCUGAGGAGGCAGAAGGACCGGUCUGGACCUGGAUAUCUGGAGGAGGCUGUGACGUGGACGCCACUUCACACAUCAGCUGGCUCAGUCCCACAGGUCCUCUCACCAGCUCGUUGUCUCUGACUCCGGUCCAAUCAGCAGCCUGGAGCGACCAGCAGCAGCAGCAGGAGCACAGAGAGGAGAUCAGCAGGAAACCUCUGGAGAGGAGUCAUUCGGUGUGGGUGCGUAAAGGAUCUCUGCGCUGGUGGAGGGACUGGAAGCCUCAGCGCUGGCUGGACGUGUCUGUAGCUCUGGAGCAGUCCACCAAGUCUGACGGCAGGAAGGACAGCAUCUUCUUCGUCUACUACACUCAGUACGAUGAGAAGAAGUACCUCCACGUGUUGAUAAAUGAAGUGACGGCGCUGGUUCCCGUGCUCAGGGACUGCCACUACGCCUUUGCUGUGUACACCGGCCAGAGGACCAAACAGAGGUGGCCUCUGGUCCUGGCAGCGCAGACUGAGAAGGACAUGAAUGACUGGUUGUGCCUGUUGUCUGACUGUUGCUGUGAGUGUCGAGGGAUCACAGGUCCCCCAUCCAGACACGCUCUGUGGUCCACCACCUCGAAGGGGGACAUCAUGGUCCACGAGCCGUCCUUCUCCCUGGAGACGCCUGCUAACAGCCCGUCCUGUGACCUCAUGUUUUGGCGGCAGGUCCCGGGUCACCUGCGCUGUGUAGAGUCUAACAGUCUGGGGCUGGUGUGGGGCAUCGGGUGGGACGGCACCGCCUGGGUCUACAGCGGGCGCUGUGGCCAACAGCCCACUCCGGGAGCAGCAGCUGAGAUGCAUCAGCAGACUGACGCCAGGAGCGUUCACGUCUACGAAAAUCAAAGAUGGAACCCGAUGACGGGAUACACAGACAAAGGACUUCCUACAGACCGCCCCAUGUGGAGCGAUGAGAGCGGGCUGAAGGAGUGCACCAAAGGAAACACACACCCUCCCUCCCCUCAGUGGUCCUGGGUGUCAGAGUGGGCUGUGGACUACAACGUCCCCGGAGGGACAGACAAAGAAGGCUGGCAGUACGCUGCAGACUUCCCUGUGACGUUUCACGGCCACAAAACGAUGAAAGACUUUGUCCGGCGCCGACGGUGGACGAGGAAGUGUAAGCUCACGGUGAGAGGUCCGUGGCAGCAGGUCCCGCCCAUCCGGCUGAGUGACAUCUCUCUGAUGCCCUGCCUGUCCCAGAGCAGCAUGGAGCAGGUCCCCGUCUGGGCCCUCAGUGACAAGGGGGACGUGCUGUGUCGUCUGGGGGUCACCACCCAGAACCCCGAGGGCAGCUCCUGGCUCCACGUAGGAACAGACCAGCCCUUCAAGUCCAUCUCCAUCGGUGGAGCCAACCAGGUGUGGGCCAUCGCUAAGGACGGAGCCGUGUUCUACAGAGGCUCCGUGUCCCAACAGAACCCAGCAGGAGAAUGCUGGUACCACAUCCCGUCUCCCCCCAGACAGACUCUCAGACAGCUGUCUGUCGGGAGGACCUCUGUCUUUGCUGUGGACGAAAACAGUAACCUGUGGUACAGACAGGGCCUGACGCCCAGCUACCCUCAGGGCUCCGCCUGGGAGCUCAACUCUAACAACGUCACCAAGGUUUCUGUGGGACCUCUGGACCAGGUGUGGAUCGUAGCAGAUGGAGUUCCAGGUUUCCCUGCUGAGACUCCUGGAGUCGUCUGCCACAGGCUCGGGGUGGGCCCCAUGCAGCCCAAGGGCCAGUCCUGGGACUAUGGUCUCGGGGGAGGAUGGGAACACAUCAGUGUGCGGGGGAACUCUGCAGAGGCUCCUCGCGCUCCUCAUCCUCUCCCUGUGGGACCUCCACGCAGCCCACAGCCCCCAUUACCUCCGACACAGGUGAACGGGAACGCUCUGGGCGUGUAGCAUCACACCUCCUCCUCCUCCUCCUCCUCCUCUUCCUCCUUCUCUGCUGCCCUGUUUGUGCCUGGAUCCACAUUCGUCUCCUCAGACCAUCCCCACAGGCCCUUAUUAUAUCCCUUCAUGUAAAGGGAAUGCACAAUCACACCACUGAGUUUCUGCUGUACAUUCUGGCUGGAUCUGACUCUUGAUCGAUGGAUGAAUGUUACCAGUGUUCAGUGAUGACGGAACAGAAAAAGGGAGCACAAGAAGAGCGUUUCACGGAUAAAAAUGUCAAAGCGAGUGCAUGCGUUGGCUACUGGGUGUUUCGGGAUUUAGCAAUAGCUUUUAUUCUUCUAUACAAUAUCCUGUGAAAACCUAAGAGGGAGGGCCUUUCUUUGAUAAAGGGCUAAGGCUCGGGAACUCGACUUCAAGAACACAAUCCCACUGUAGCCUAAACUGUGUUGGUUUCUAGAAUCUUGUUUUGUUUUUGGUUGUUUUUGCCUGUCAUACAUUCGCAUGUGAUUUUCAAUUAUUUAUUUAUUUA